UACGAUUGUCAAAAUACGCGAUUUUAGGGUACUGCGCCUCCAAUCCAAUCCAAACAACUGACAACCGCACUUUUUCUUCACCGCAUUUUUCUCUCUUUCGGUCUCUGCCCCGUUUUGUCUCUUUCCUUACUUUCUCGUUAUCCUUUCCCUGCUAAGACCACACUGACUGCUUUUUAGUUUUUCCUCCUCUGUGAGAGAGAGAGAGACUACUUUGGAUGACUGAGUUUAGCUUGAUGGACUGGGAGAAACAAGGAAAUAAUGACCAUCAUCAUCAUCAUCAUCAUCAGCAAGAUCAGAGGGAGGAGCAAGUGCAGAAUGGGAGUGUUGGUAAUAUUGAAGUCAAUGAGAAUGGGAAUAAUGGAGGGAUGUUGUAUGUGAAAGUCAUGACCGAUGACCAGUUGGAAAUUCUCCGCAAGCAGAUUGCUGUUUACGCCACCAUUUGCGAGCAACUCGUCGAGAUGCACAAAAACCUUACCGCCCAACAAGAUCUUGCAGGAGUAAGGCUGGGCAAUUUAUACUGUGAUCCUUUAAUGACAUCUGCUGUGCACAAAAUUACUUCCAGACAGAGGUGGACUCCAACACCUGUGCAGCUUCAAAUUCUGGAGCGCAUAUUUGAACAAGGGACUGGAACUCCAAGCAAGCAUAAGAUCAAAGAGAUAACCUCUGAACUUGGUCAGCAUGGCCAAAUUUCAGAAACAAAUGUCUAUAAUUGGUUCCAGAACAGGCGUGCUCGUUCAAAACGUAAACAGCAAAAUGCAGCACCAAACACUGCUGACUCAGAAGUAGAGACAGAAGUUGAUUCACCCAAGGAUAAGAAGACAAAACCUGAGGACUUUCACUCCCAACAAAACUCAGGCCCCAGGGCUGAAGAUUUGUGCUUCCAGAACCCUGAGAUAAGUUCUGAUCUGCAUUUCUUAGAUCCACAGAGCAGUAAAGAAGAGACCAUGUUCCCGUCAGAUGGCAGUAUAAAAAUUGCUAGAGGUUUAGACCAAAUCUCUUUUUACGAUGGCUUGCAAUCAAAUCCAAGAAAUGAUCGCCUGACUGGAAAGAUGGAGGUACCGGGGAACUAUAGUCUUUAUCAGCACACAGAAGACUAUGGCAUAUAGUUUGACACUUGUUUUUUCCAGAGUUAUUUUAUCUUAUACAGAUGAUAGAUUGAGGUUGUUGAGUUAGCAAGUAGCGAUCCAGUCCAAUUGAUAUUGAUAUUACCAUGCCUAACGUAGUAGAGUCAUAUUAUACUUAAAGUGCAAAGACAGGAAUGAACUGAAUUAAGCUGGAGUGUAGAUAUACCAAUAUGACAUCAUAAUUUGGAAUUGGUUUUUGCGUUUGAAUGAUUAAUCUUUUUAGGUUGCUUCUGUCUAUUGUUAGCAGAGUAGUGAGCUUUUGAUAUUUUUAUGAGAAGUGUAUUGGGUGUUGAGGAUGAUGUCAAAAUGUCUUGUUAACUUGGAAGUGUGAUAGCUUUGUUUGCAAUGAAAUAGAUUUGGGGUUUUGCCUA